ACCUGUCAGUGACCCAAGCGGAAGCUUCGUCGCUCCCUCAUCGCAUCGCGUCGCCGGUCGCGGGUCGUCCUCCUUCCGUUCCGCGUCCUCUCAAAAGGUUGGGAGGAGGAGGAGGCGACGCGGAGCGCAGCAGUGUGAGUAGUGGUAAGCCAUGGACCGCGUGCAGCUCCUCCUCGUCGGUCUCCCCGCCCUCCUCUUCCUCUCCGACCUCUCCCACAUCUUCGCGCCGCCGCCGCCGCAUCUCCGGCACCCCCACCACCACCCGCCGCACCACCAUCCCCAUCCGCCUCACCACCACCCCCCGCAUCACCCCCACCCGCCUCACCACCCGCAUCCGCCGCAUCACCCCCACCCGCCUCACCACCCGCAUCCGCCGCACCAUCACCCCCACCCUCACCCCGAUCCCGCCGCGGAGGCCAUACAGCAGGCUAACGUUGAUGGAGCUGGAUAUGGCACCACCGUCGAGCUGCAAUUCUGCGCCUCCUGCUCGUACAAGGGGACUGCAAUGACUAUGAAGCGCAUGCUGGAAACAUCAUUUCCAGGCAUUCAUGUUAUCUUGCACAAUUACCCUCCACCCUUCCCCAAACGUGUACUUGGCAAACUUGUGCCAAUUCUUCAGGUUGGAGCCAUUGCAACAAUAAUGGCUGGUGAUCAUAUUUUCCCCAGACUUGGAAUGGUUCCACCCCCAUGGUACUACUCACUGCGUGCCAAUAGAUUUGGAACCAUGGCAACAAUCUGGCUAUUUGGCAAUUUUGCGCAAUCUUUCCUACAAAGUUCUGGUGCCUUUGAAGUUUACUGCAAUGGAGAUUUGGUUUUCUCAAAAUUAGCUGAGCAGAGGUUCCCUAGUGAGUUUGAACUGCGGGAUCUCAUCAACAGCAGAUUACCAGAUUCUCUGGUUGGGAAAAAUGUGGGAAAAUCCUUGUCUUAGACAAUGACAUUGGAAUAUCACAUGCCAAUGCGACAUCUUGCUAUCAAGGUAGUACUAUAUUGUUUGCUGUUUGACGUCGAGCAGUUUGGAAGCUCUGCAGCUUGUCUGUGAACACUACUAUUCAAUUAAAUGGCUUGUAAAGGAUAACCUAGAGUGAGAUAGUGACUCAAUUGUAUGAACUUAUUAGUUAUGCCACAAAAAAAAUCAUCAUUUCCUGUUUAUUUUCUGAGAGGUUGAUAAAAUAUUGUAGUAUUCGUCACCUUUGGUGUGAUUCAUACUGUUUUAUACUUGUAUGCAUUAUGUAUUUCUGGGAAAUUUCUAUGCA